AGUAGUGGCUGGCUAUAGCAGAAGAAGAAAAUGAUCUCACUCAGACAAGCAUGGCUGGGAGUCUGAGCAACACAGCGGCACCGAUAAAAAGUUCUCUGGCCAAACUUCAGGCUUUGAAUGGAUUGUUCGCUAUUUAUAAAAAGCAAGGGCCGACGUCUGCUGACGUAUUAAAUACGCUCAAAGACACCUUGCUCAGAGAGGCGGGAGUGGAGAACUCAAACAGCAGGAAGAGGAAGAAGCAGUGGCUGAAGAUGGGCCACGGAGGGACCCUGGACAGCGCUGCCAGCGGGGUUCUGGUUGUUGGCGUUGGGAACGGGACAAAGCAGCUCAGCACCAUGUUGACUGGUUCAAAGAAAUACAGAGCUGUGGGGGAGCUGGGAAAAGCAACAGAUACUCUUGAUGCCACUGGCACAGUGAUUAUGGAGAAAGAGUUUGAGCACGUUACCCGGCUGGAUAUGGAGGAGAAGUUAAAAAUGUUUACUGGUGACAUCAUGCAAGUUCCUCCACUCUACUCUGCCCUGAAGAAAGAUGGCCAGCGUCUCUCUGUCUUGUUGAAGAAAGGUCACCAGGUUGAGGCCAAGCCUGCGCGGCCCGUCACGGUGUACAGCCUGACUCUGCAGGAGUUCCAGCCUCCCUGCUUCACUCUCGAUAUCGAAUGUGGAGGUGGAUUUUAUGUCAGAAGCUUGGUGGAUGACCUGGGAAAGGCUCUGGCAUCAUGUGCUCAUGUGAAGGAGCUGAUCAGGACCAAGCAAGGCCAGUUCACCCUGCAGGAUCACGCGUUGCACGAGGAGCAGUGGACGCUGGAGAACAUCCGUGGGGCGCUACAUCACUGCACAGAGGGGGACCAGAGGUCAGACUCUCCAAAAUCAUCACAGACUGGUGCCCAACAGCUGCCAGGAGAGAAAAGGAAGAGCUCAGCUCCCUGAUUGUUGGCGCCAUCCUCUACACGCUCGGUUCUCUGAAGAAAAGAUCAGCUGUAAACCUGUAAAUCAGAUCGUUUGCUUCCUUUAUUUAGAGAGGGGUGGUGGCAAAGUGACUGGGAUAUUAAAACCACCAUUGUUUUCCUGGGGAUGAGUGCACCUGUAUGUGUGAACUGGGCUGAUUCUGCCGUUUAUGGUUGGAUAAAUGUAAUGUUUUAUUUGGAGGGCGUAGUCCACACCACACCUUUUCAAUUCACAGCAUCAUGUAAAUAAAGUUUAUGGACUUGCUGUCAUACAUAUGUAUCCA